AACCCUAGGCCCCGCCUCUCUCUCAUCAUUUCCCUCCCUCUCCGACUCACUGGCUUCUCUCUCUCUCUCUCUCUCUCUCCUGCCGAGGAUUUUCUCUCUGUUAUACUUUUGCUAAUCAUGAGAUUGCUGAUUUUCAGAUUUUGAAACUAUAGGAUACUGAAAGCUUGGAUUAUUUGAGGACGGAAGGUUUUGUGAGCAACGAAAUAGAAUAAUGUCUCCCAGAGAUAAGCAAUCAAGGAUCCAUAAACAGAAAAGGCGGACAAGGAGUUCGAAGAACAAGUAUUUGAAACCAGGUGCUCUUGCUCAGCUUCGGUAUAGUAAGGUGUCAGCUGCCAAGUCUUGUACGGAUCUUGGAAAGAAAAGGAUAGCUGUGAUGGAUGCAGAUGAGCCGAGUGUUGAUGGUGAACUUGAAAGUGAAAUUAUUGCUAAAAGUCCCCUGAUUUUAUCUCCCGUUGGGUUUAGAUUUGGUUCUGUGUGUUCACCAUUUGAUAUGUCAAAGGUGAAUAAUCUGCAAAAGACUCCAAAGACACCUGGUGCUGAAGUUUGUGAGUCAGAGUCUCGACUUGAAUCUCUCCCAAUGGAUUUGCUGGUGAAACUACUUUGCCACCUUCACCAUGACCAACUCAAAGCUGUCUUCCAUGUCUCCCAGAAGAUCAGAAAGGCUGUGAUUCAAGCAAGACAAUUCCAUUUUAAUUAUACUACUCCAGAUCGAACUCGACAAGAGAUGUUGAGGAUCAUGACUCCUCUUCCUACAGAUCACUGGCCUUUUGUGAGCAAGGGUGAUGGGAAAGAUUUGGUUCCCAGCCCACACACCCCCAAGGCACCCAGGCAUGGUCCCCGCCCUCCUUCUCGUCUCAAGCACACUGAAAUGCGGCAAAUUGCAGCCGUUCUCUUCCAGGAAUCAGCAUUUCCUUCUUCGAGGUGCUUGGUGCCAUCUGUUCUGUCAAAGCCUUUAUGCAAAUCUCUAGGUUCCAACAGAGUUCUAUUCUAUGAAGAUGAACUGUGCCAGGCCGUCGCACAGAAUAAACUUCUUUGAUUUGAUUGCAGCGUGUUCCGUAGCUCCUUUGUGUGUGUAUAUAUAUGGUAGCAUUAGUAGUGGAGGGGUUGCAGUUUUGUCAGGUCACGGGAGCACUUAUUGGAGUUAUGGUGAUUGAAGAAGAUUGGCUUAAUUAGAGGUUUAGGUCUGAAGAUUGUGAACCAAUAAUACGUUUAGUGCGUCAGUCAGUAAUCGGUGGGGUCAGGUCUUGUGCAUAGUUUUCCUGUAUAACGGAUUUUAAAUUUAAUAGCUAUAUGGCGCAACAUCUAGUUCGCCUGUUUGGAAUUUCA